AUGUUAAUAGAUUUACGAUUUGAGACAUCUUAUAAUGCAUCACUUAUUCCUGCACAAGGAUCUUGGUUACGUAUUUUAAGUAUUACACUUCGAGAUCAAGUGUUAUUACCUUUUGCUCAGGGCUUUUUAUGGGCAGCAACUCUUAUAGGUUUAAGCUGGGUUCAAAGAACUACUCGUAAUCGAGGUUUUUACUGGGGAAUAAUGAUUAAUGAAUGGUGGAAAUCUUUAAACAUUUAA